AUGGACUGGGAGAGUAGCGGCUGGAGGCACCUGGACACAAGCGAGUUUCGGCUGGGGGUCCGGUUUUACUCGGAGGAGCAGCCGGCUGCCGCCAUCCUGCACCUGGAGAAGGCCCUGGAGGAGUAUUUCGUGGCAGACGCCGAGUGCCGCGCGCUCUGCGAGGGACCCUACGACUACGAGGGCUACAACUACCUGGAGUACAAUGCAGACCUUUUCCAGGCCAUCACAGACCACUCCAUGCAGGUGCUAAGCUGCAAGCAGGGCUGUGUCACAGAGCUGGCCUCACAGCCUGGCCGGGAGAAGCCUCUGGAGGAUUUCCUGCCCUCGCACUUCAACUACCUGCAGUUUGCCUACUACAACAAUGGGAAUUACGAAAAAGCCAUCGAAUGUGCCAAAACCUACUUGCUCUUCUUCCCACAUGAUGAGGUGAUGAACCAGAAUUUGGCCUAUUACACUGCUGUCCUGGGGGAAAACCUGGCGAGACCCAUCCAACCCCGAGAGGAGAUCCGGGUGUACCGCCAGCAGAGCCUGAUGGAGAAGGAGCUGCUCUUCUUCAGCUACGAUGUCUUUGGCAUCCCUUUCGUGGACCCGGACACGUGGACACCUGAAGAGGUGAUACCCAAAAGGCUGCGAGAGAAACAGAAGGCAGAGCGGGAGACGGCGGCACGCAUCUCGGAGGAGAUUGGCAACCUCAUGAAGGAGAUCGAGACGCUGGUGGAGGAGAAGGCCAAGGAGUCUGCUGACAUGAGCAAGUUCAUCCGAGAAGGUGGCCCCUUGGGGUACGAAGGAGCCAGUGUCACCAUGAACUCCAGGGCCCUGAACGGCUCCCAGCGUGUGGUGGUGGAUGGAGUCCUCUCUGCCGAGGAGUGUCGGGAGCUGCAGAGGCUCACUAACGCAGCUGCCUCAGCUGGGGACGGCUACCGGGGGAAGACCUCUCCUCACACCCCCAGCGAGACCUUCUACGGCGUGACCGUCCUCAAGGCCCUCAAGCUGGGCCAGGAGGGCAAGGUGCCCCUGCGCAGUGCCCACCUGUACUACAACGUGACGGAGAAGGUGCGGCGCAUGAUGGAGUCCUAUUUCCGCCUGGAGGCCCCGCUCCACUUCUCCUACUCCCACCUCGUGUGCCGCACGGCCAUCGACGAGAAGCAAGAAGGUCGGAGCGACAACAGCCACGAGGUGCACGUGGACAACUGCAUCCUCAAUGCAGAGGCUCUGGUGUGCGUGAAGGAACCCCCAGCCUACACAUUCCGGGAUUACAGUGCCAUCCUUUAUCUCAAUGGAGACUUUGAAGGAGGAGCUUUCUACUUCACUGAGCUGGAUGCCAAGACGCAGACCGCGGAGGUCCAGCCACAGUGUGGCCGUGCCGUGGGCUUCUCCUCCGGCUCAGAGAACCCCCACGGGGUGAAGGCCGUGACCAAGGGCCAGCGCUGCGCCAUCGCCCUCUGGUUCACCCUGGACCCUCGGCACAGCGAGCGGGAGCGUGUGCAGGCAGAUGACCUGGUGAAGAUGCUUUUUGGCGUGGAAGAGGGAGAUUUGGAGCCGGAGCAGGAGCCACCCGCUGCCGUUGUGGUGGGGAAGGACGAGCUGUGAUGUCCCAUGGGGACCAGGAUGUCCCUGCCGGGACCAGUGACACCAGCAUGGCAGCUUCGGGCUGCUCAGUCAUCAGGGUGACUUAUGGGACCCCCCUCUGCCCCUAACCCGUGUGGGAUGGGGCAUUGGGGAAUGCCCUGCACUGCCCCUGCACCAUCCAGCAUCCCCCCAUGGAGCUGACCUGGGAUGUGACAGAGGCUCAGAGGGGUGCCAUGGGGACAAGGGAGGGGUGCUGUGUUAGGGGUGAGGCCCCAGUGCCACAGGUGCAAUUGUGUGCCUUUCCUGAGCCUGUGGCUAUUUAAGUGCCUUCUGCAGAAAAUGGGUGAAUAAAGCUAUUUUUUUUCUAA